AUGGAUGGGAAACAAAUAGUCGCGCGUACUGCGCGUUUAAAUGGAUUGAUUGUUGGCCGAGCUCCGGCGGGUUGUCUCAACCAAAUAAAUUCAACAAUCGAGGCGUUAUUAGAGACAGCGAUUUCUCGCGAGGGACUUCUUGAUUCACUAUUUUUAUUGUACGAGGAAUGCAGUAAGGAUGCCCUAAAAAAGAAGGAUAAAAGCGUUGCUGAAUUUGUAAACAAAUAUCGACCAAUAAUUAAACAAACCCGCUCAAUGCGAGUUAACAUCAAUGAUUUCGACGUAAAAUGUCUUAUCGGAAAAGGAUAUUUCGGAGAAGUACACCUUGUAUACGAACGUAAUCAAAGAAAUGGUGAAGUAUACGCAAUGAAAAAAAUGUGCAAGGCAAUGGUUACCAGCACUCAAAUUCGAGAAGAACGCGACAUCAUGGCGUGCAGAACAUCUGAAUGGAUCACUUCUCUACAAUAUGCAUUUCAGGAUCAAGAAUGUUUGUACCUUGUGAUGGAGUACCUUCCUGGAGGGGAUUUGCUGGGCCUGAUGAUUCGUACUGGAAUAUUUGAUGAGGAGUUAGCUCAGUUUUAUUUGGCAGAAUUGACUGAAGCGCUCAACUCAUUACAUACACUAGGAUACGUUCACCGGGACAUUAAACCGGAAAAUAUUUUGCUGGAUCGAUUCGGUCAUAUCAAAUUGGCUGAUUUUGGUAAUGCAAUCGCGAUAAACAAGGACGGUAGUGUGACGAGCAUAACACCAGUCGGAACGCCAGAUUAUGUUGCGCCGGAGCUUUUGCAAACUUUGUCAACGACGAGCCGAUCACCAAACAGUAACCACGAUGUUACGUGUGAUUUUUGGUCAAUGGGCAUCAUAGGUUACGAGUUUGUUACAGAAACUACUCCAUUUCACGAUGAGAAUGUGAACGAAACCUAUUCGAAAAUAGUCGCUCAUUGUGAAGGAAGAUUUACCAGAAAGCUCGAGUACCCAGCGCAUGUAUCGAUUUCGUCACACUACAGGGACUUGAUCGAUAGACUUGUGACGAAAGCCUCUAAUCGAAUGGGAUACGCAGAAAUUAGAAAGCAUCCAUUCUUCAGCGAUAUUAAAUGGGACAAAUUAAGAUAUCAAAUUCCACCUAUAAUUCCAACAGUCAGCAGUGACGAUGACACAUCUAAUUUCGAAGAUGUUGACAAAUCAAUCAAGCGAAAUGGGUUUGUUAAUAAGCCUACAUAUCCUAUUUCUAAAGUAAAUGAUUUCAGCGGACAAAAUUUGCCUUUUCUUGGCUAUAGUUAUGUUUACGAGGAACCAGACAUAGCUGGAAGAUAUCGCGAUACGGAUGAGCAUAUGGCAACGGCACGAUUAUCACAAAAAAUUAAGGAACAAGAUCAGUUAAUUAAGGAACAUAACGAAGAAAUACAUCAGCUGCAACGCGGCAUUUUGGAGAGGGACCGUAAAAUUGCCUCCAUGAAUGCACAGAGUAAAGUAUUUGGAGACACAAAAACGGAAAUGGAAAAUCUUCAGGAGUUGUUAAAAAUUAAAACUGCGGAGCUCGCGGCAUCCAAAACUGAGAUUAAGACACUGAGAAAUAGAUUCAAAAUCGAGGAAGAACAACGCCUCAAGAAUGAGGCCACUUUGUCAGACAUGCUAAGGCAGACUUACAAAAAAUGGGAAAAGACUAAGCAGUCAUCAGACCAAGUGUACGAAAAGCAAAUCGCAGAACGACGCACAGAAUACAACAGCUUAAAUGAGAAGUUUCAGCAGUUAACGAACGAGCUGCGCUCUAAAGUAGAGCAGUGUUCUGAACUAGAAUCAAUGAUUAAAACUUACAAAGACUUGCUGCAAAAGUAUAAAGAUAAACUGUCAGUGGAGAAGGAAGAGUACGACCAAAGCCACGAUCAGUUGGUGGCAAACUACGAGGCGAAAAUUAAUGACUUAAAACAGAAGUGGAAGGCAGAAAAAGAUUUACGAGGAAAGCAAGAAGAGGAUAUUCGAGAUCUUCGGUACAGAUUGCAACAACAUGAGCAUGAUGUCAAGAACAACGAGCACUCACACCAGAAGUUUGUUGAUAAUCUCAAACGGCGGAUGACCAUUCAGCUCGAAGAAGCCAAACAAGUGUCGGACAAAAUAAGCGAAGAAAUGCAGCAGAAGUGCAACAAUUUAAGGAAAGAAAUCAAUAAAUUGCAAGAGCAGAGUGUUUCCUGCAGCACUAGCAGCAGUAACAGAAGCUCUGUGUAUAGCGUCAAUGAGCAAGAGUUUAAAAGUGCCAACUCCAGCUUGCAGGAUUUGCACACUCAAGUUGAAGAACAACUGCGAAAAGAUUUGGUAAAGGCAAGAGAAAGCGAAGAUCUGCAACGUAAGCGGGCCGAUGGUUUGGAGGAGGCUGUUUCACGCCUGGAGAAAAUUAUCGAUCAGUUCAAGACAGCUUCUAGUAGCGCGGCAGUUGCUGGACCGAGUAACGUAACAUUGACGUCCACAUCGUUAUUGGAGAGGCAAAAUGAACGGCUAGAAGAUAGACUGAAUGCCGUUAGAGAGCAGUCAAUUUUGGAUAAGCAAUCAGCUAGGACCGCCAAUCUUUCGCUGUGGAAGUUAGAAAAAGAGCUAGACCGUGCUAAGUUGGAUAAUUCUAUUCUUGGUCGAAAGGUCGAACAAGCUGAUGAAAGAGCUAACAAAAUUCGAAAGGAAAAAGACGAGGCCGAGUUUAAAGUUAGACAAGCGGAAGAAACUGUUGCCAAUAAGCUGAAAUAUAUUGAUGAAUUAAAAGAAGAUAUUCGUGUGUUGAAAGACGAUUUGAAAAAGGACAAAAACGCCAGAGACUUCGUUGAAAGAGGACGGCUGGCCGAGAAAGCUGAUUUGAUUGCGGCAACUACAAAGUUGCAGAGCUUGGAGGAGAAAUUAGACGAAGCCAGACAAAAACUAGAACAGGCUAAUGAUAGAGUUAGAAUGAUCACUUCGGAAAAUUCCAAGCUUCUACGCGAGCUAAAUGAAUGCCAGGAAGAUCUCGCUGGCGCUGAAGCAGCCAAAAAAGAACUUGAACAAGAGCUGACAAAGGUUACAAAGAAUUACAAUACACUCAAAACGGCAUGCAGCAUUACUGAUACACAAUGCACACAAAUGGAAAUCUUGCUUGAAAAGGAACAGAAGAAAAAUGAGGAGUGCCAGAAAAAGAUUGACGAUUUAAGAAAAGAUAUGACUUCCAAGGAUGCUGAAGUUACAAAGCUUCGUCAGGAAUUGCACCAAGAGAAAACUGCAAAAAUCUUGCACGAAUCAAGGAUAAAUCAGCUGCAAUCUGAGUACGAUAAGCUCCUGCAAAAGUUUGAAGAACUGCAGAAUCAAAUGCUUGAUCAACAGAAAGAGCUUAUAGACAAAACGACGAGUUUGUUCGAAGUACAAGAACGUAUCGAAAUGCUAAACUUGGAUACUGCGAAUCUACAAAAAGUAGUUUCGAACUACGAACGUGAGCAAAUGCUUUUAAAAGAGGAGAACUCUAAAAUACUUACGGAUUUAUUCAUGGCAAAAGAGUACAUAACGGAGCGAAACAAUGAAAUUAAAGACUAUAAAAAUCAACUUAAUCAGCUUAACAAUGAGCUAGAUCACGUUAAAACAGUACUAGCUGAACAAAAAACGUUUUACUCGGAACGAAACAUCAAAUCGGAAGCAACUCUCGACCAGUACAAAAAACUGAUUGAUUUCCUACAAUCUCGAGUAGAUGAAAAUGCGCAUAAGAAAAAGAAAACAUUUGCAGAUAUGAUAUUCGGCACCAGUGGUCAUGAUAAGAAAGAGAACGUUCCACCCUCUAAUCCUAUAAUGGUUGAAAACACGACCAGCUACAAAAAGCUUCAGGAAGAACUGCAGAAGGAACGUCAGCGAACCAGUCAACUCAAAGAGCAAUUACUGCGCACGAAAACGGAUAUGAUUGCUAUGCAAGGUUCGCUAAGAAAAGCUCGUAAGGAUGAGGAAAACCAGCAACAGUUGGACGCGGAGAAUUCUAAGAAGGAUUCUUUGCCUUAUAGAACACCCUCGAAGGUAACAUCGAAAUCGCCUUUGAAGACCGUGGAGAAGAAAGCUGUCAGCGUUGCCAAACGGCAUUCCGCGCGUGGAACAAAAGCGCAUACUUUUGACAUGACGUUGGAAACUCCAUCCUCGAAAAACCCUGUCCAAUUGUGUAACGUUUGUGAUCGACACAUUUUGGCUGGACAUCCUUACUGGAAAUGCACAGUUUGUUCGACGAAUGUGCACCGGAAAUGUCGCUCGGGUGCUACUGACAACUGCCGUGGCGAUGGUGAUUUAGAUUCAUUAGCUAACGAACUGGUACAAGAGGGUGCCGCUAGCAGCGAUACCGACUCUUUACAAGACAGAAUCAGCUUUAUGGGCACGGACUCGGGCCCUGCCAGCAGCGCAGACGAGAAGACUGAUGACGAUGAUGACAAGUAUGUGGGUGAUUUACUGUUCAAGACAAGGCCUUUGGAACCAAUGCUGUCUAUCAACGACGUGUAUGAUGUGACUGAAAAUGUUGUGUUGUUAGGUUGCGAUAGUGGUCUAUAUUCCUACAACGUGGAGACAUGCGAAACAGUUCAAAUCAAAGGGAUAAUGAAUAUAAAAUCGUUUGCUAUAUCGCAGCAAAUCCCGAAGGCCAUUAUUAUUGGCAAUGAUGGUGAAUAUCUAUAUCAGUGUGACGUCCGCCAUCUUCAAAACCGUGCUCAAGCCUCCUCUUGUCUGUCUCCGAAGCUGGAGACCUUUGUCCUGGAUUUGUCAAUCGCAAACCGUACUCAUAGUGAACGGUGGCAUCUGGUUCGCAUCAUGGAUGAUAUCUCCCACCAGCUAUCGGAUGCUGUGGCCAUCGCAGCGACAUCAUCGCGGAUAGUGAUACUGAAGUUCGAUGUUAACCUUAGCAGAUUUAAGCCGGUUCGUGGUUUGGAUACGGUAUUACCGGUGUCGUCGGUGUUGUUCACUAAACAUACCGCUAUCGUAAGCUCUGACAAAUUUUUCGAAAUUGACCUCAGAACGUACGGGGCUGAAGAAUUUUUGGACAUGUCAGAUGCAACGCUAAGAGAUAUUCGCACCUGCACGCCGAUGGCCGCUUUCAAAAUAAACAGUCAAGAGUUCCUGCUGUGUUUCAAAGAAGUUGGCAUAUUUGUCGAUGAAUUUGGUUGUCGAUCAAGACCGGACAACAUGAACUGGCUGCAGGACCCAGUCGACUUCAAAUACCGAGAAUCUUGCCUAUUCGUUGCUCAUUCUGAUUGUGUUCAGGUGAUAUAUGUGAGCAAAUCGUACACAAAAGAAUUAGAACGUAAAGAAACAUCCGAUGAACGGAGGGCCUUCGUCAAUCUCAACUCGCCACGGCUGCUGCAGUUCCUGGAUUUUGCGCGUAACAGUAUUUAUGUCGCUUGCGAGUGUGGCCCAGAUCGGGAAAAGGAAGUUAUUAAACUAGACGGUUAUAAAGCAUUGCAAACGACGACACCAGGAAUUGGCAGUUCUAUGGAAACUCUGUCCAGUUUGGCAAGUUUUCCUGCAACUGUUGCUCAAAGUAACGAAACAAUAUCGACGCUUGGACACGCGGUGUAAGUUUUUAUACGUUAGUGAGUGACCAUUCGAAAUGAAUGAUUGUUUUUCAAGUGCGUGACUAGAAGUAUGUUUUCUCAAUAAAGAUUUUACUUCAU